AUGUAUCUGAAAUGGUUUGAUACAGUAAUGUUUUACUAUGUGAUUUUAGUGAUUUUAGUGAAUGUCACUUUUUGUCAUUUUCAAAUUUCCCGCCGUUCCGUCCCCCGUACGUCCCGACGCUCGCAGCGGACGGAACCCAGAUGACAGAUGCCGGCAUCCGCCGGAUUACAUUGCCGUGGACACUGCAGGAGGGACAUCGCGGGAGCGAAGGACAAGGUAAGUGAUCGAGGGAUCCCGGAGCAGCGUCGCAUGGUAAGCCCGAGUGUAGCUCGGGGUUACCGCUUGUGCUACACUCGGGAAUACCGCCAGGGAGGUUAAGGCUAA